ACAGGAGGUGCUGGGGGACACGGCCACCUGUCCAGCACCUCCUCGCCUCUUUGGCCGGAUGCUGGGGCAGCAGGUGGAGGGAGUGGCCGGCUCUGCACCUCUAUGAGCCUCAUCUGGAAAAUGGGAGUACGAGGGCGCCCGGGCCUGGAGGAGCGGCCGUGCAUGUCCUUCCUUCUGCCCUUGCCCUGGGUCUCCCUCCGUCUGGUGUCGGUGUCUGUCAGCUCCAUCUGUCUUUGCCUCUGGCCGUCCUUAUGUCUGCCCUGGCAGGCAUCCGCCAUGCGUCUCUGUGUAUCUGUAUUUCUUUCUCCUUCUUUACCUGCAUGUGUAUCCCUUUCUCUGUGUGAGUGUGACUGUCUCUCUGGUUUUCUUCGUGUGUGUGUAUUUUAGUGUGGACGUGUACUUCUGUGUUUGUGCGUGUUCAGGGUGUCCGUGUCUUACUCUCUGGCCGCCUGUGUGUGUCUGUGCAAGCACCCCCAUUUCAUCCUCCAUUCCCUCUCUCCCUGUCUCUCUCUGUGUCUCCUCCUCUCUGAGACGGGUUCACACGUGUGUGUUCAGCGUGCAUGUUGCGUGCGUUUGUUUCCAUGUCUCUCUGCCUCUCUGUCUCCCCGCCUCCGUCUAUUGCAAGCGGGGCCUGUCCGGCAGAGCAGCGGAUGUGUGAAGGCUGAUUCAGUGGCUGACAGGAAACCCGCCGCCCUGCCGGCUGCCCGCCAGUGUCUCUGGCGUUGGCAUCGGCUCGGGCAGGUGUGUGGGCUCAGGAUGAGGUGGCCGCAGUGAGGAUCCCCCCCGCUCUCAGGCUGGACGUGUGUGUCCUCCCCACAGCUGUUGGAGGAAGGCCCUGGUUGAUCCCAGUUUUACAGAUGAGAAAAUUGAGGCCAAGAGACCCUGAGAUACAGCCCUGCAGGAAGAAGAGCGGCCCGGAGUGGACAUGAGCGCGGACACAGAGCUGCUGUGGCCGGGGGCGGCUCUGCUGCUGCUGCUGGGGGCAGCGGCCGGCCUGUGCGUGCGCUGCUCCCGCCCAGGUGCAAAGAAGUCUGAGAAAAUCUAUGAGCAGAGGAGUCUGCAAGAGAAUCAGCAGAGCUUUGCAGUGGCCCGGACCUACACCUUGGUCAGGGAGGCCUGGCCCGGGGACACAGCCUCCAACAUGGAGUUGACAAGACCUCAGAGCCCCAGUUCUGAUUCUGAGGGCCCCACCAAGGAAGGCUGUGGGCUCCAGACCCCCAGGAACCCAGGGGGCCUCCUCCCAGCUCCUUCUCAGCCCCGCCCCCCCCUCCCAUGUAGGAAGGACAAGAUGUUGCGGUUCUCCCCCAGCCUCGAGGAUUCUUCAUCCCCCAGGUACCAGUACUUCAGCAAAGGAAGCAGACCCAGAUCAGAGGAAGCCUACAUAGACCCCACCUCCACGGACUAUUACAAUUACGAUCCGUUCCAGAAGCCCGCGGAAGAUGACGAUGACACCAAUUCCUAUGAGAACGUGCUCAUCUGCAAGCCAAAGAGAAUGGAGUCAGGGGACGAGGGGUCUGAGGAUUAUCAGAACUCGGCGUCCAUCCAGCAGUGGCGGGAGUCCAAGAGAGUCGUGGAGUCAGCCCUGCGGGAAGCACCGCUUUCCCUGGCAGGAAGCCCAGACGAGGACGGGGAGCCUGAUUAUGUGAACGGGGACGUGGCAGCCACCGAAGCCUAGGAAAGACCCGGAGGAAGGAGCCAGAGAACCAUUUAUCGCCUCCCCAGGAUCCCUUCUCCAGAGCCACUCAACUUCUACACUCCCUACCGCUACUCCUGGGAGGGGCAUCAACGUGUCCUGAGGACCAGCCGGCUGGCCACGGGGCACCCAGCCCGGGAAAGGACAGUUAUGUGGAGCCAACCUCUGACCGGCUCCCACGGGCAAGGCAGGAGGAGCCUGGGGUCGGGCGGCUCUGGCAGUGGUCCCGUGACCAGAACUGAGGGCAGCCGCAUCCCCCCUACCCGCAUUGAAAACAUCGUACUACAUGGGUGUUCGUGUCCUUUUUUUUUUUUUUUUUUGCUUUAGAUUUUGAUCCCAAAUUGCUUACUAACGUUGGUUGCUGGGAUUUCGUGAUGGAUAAGCUUGUACAGUUAAUUUAUGCAGGUGGAGUCAUAUUUAAUAUUUUGCGUUUCAGGGUAGAGGUUGUGUAAUAACUUGUCUCCUGUAAGCAUUACGUGUACUUCAACAGUUGGGGGUGCCCCGGCGCUCCUUUCUCUGGGCCUCGGUUAACUGAAGCAGAGAUGAAGCCGAAGCUAACUUCGCGAGCCUCUGGCGGGAGCAUCCGCUGCAGGCAGACUGCGGAAGGGGCAGAUGGGGAGGAGUAGCCUGGGGCCCCGGCCAACGGGGCAGGGACACGACCGUCUCAUGGGACAGAUGGGAGCCUGUGGGACCCUCUGCCUCAGAAAAGCCACAACCAGGGAGACAAAGAGCCUCCUCCGACCGAAACGUCUCAAUAAACAUUUCCAGUUUAAGAGCA